AUGCGAAGGGCGAUUGAUGCAAUAUAUGGACUGAACGAGACGAAAGGAGAGAAGGAAAAGUCAGAUCGAUCAAGGGUUGAGGGCGAAGUUCUGCGGUGUUCCUGGUUUGUUUCCAGCGACCAAGAAUCCGAUCUCAAAGAUGCGCCGGAGGGGACUUCACCAACAGGGAUAGAUAAUAUUACACACCGUCUCGCAUACCACGACGAGGGUAUAAUGGAACCAGGCAGGAGACCGCGGUCUACCUCUCGUCCGCGGCCGUCAUCGCGUCCAACCACGCCGCUCCGGUCCAGCUCCAGGACCUCUCUACGCGAUGCACACAGAUACAAUGCCAGUGUCGGUGCAGGCGCCUCGAGGCCGGCCAUCAACAGCCUAGAGCCGCAGUUUGCUGAACUCGCCGACUCAAUGGCAGAUCUGGAGGAGAAUUUCGUCCAUCUCCAGCUGAUGCAUGAGAGUCUGGCGAGGUUCAACGAGAGCUUUGCGAGCUUCUUAUAUGGGCUCAACAUGAAUGCAUUCUGUGUAGAUUUCCCAGAGACACCCAUUCCAGAGUCGUUUACCCGGUUUAAGGAGAGAGAAAAAGCAAGGGAGAAAGAGAACGAUUUGCAAGCUGCUUCAGAACAACAAUACCAGCCUACCUCACACGACGGCGAAACCACUUUCCUGACCACGGAUACCUCGUUCGUCGAUAACCCUCCCAACACUAGUAAAUCGUCCUUGAGAGAGCAGCUAGGACACCCUCCAGAUUGA